AAAUUAGAUUUUUUGUUAAUAGUCUAAUUUGUGAUAAAAAAUAAAUACUCUUUAAUAACUAGAAGACAACAUAAAUAGUUAAUUAAUUUUUAAGCUGUAAUAGGUGUUUAUAAAAUGAACUUGUUUAUCAAAUAGAAAGAGCUUAAUGCUUAAGAGAAUGAUAAAUAUCUUGCAAUUUAAGAAUUUAAAUGCAAUGUUUCUCCUUCUAAUUUAGAUGCUGAGGACAUAGCUAUACAUUAAAACGACUAAACACAAUAAUAAAUUAUUCAAGAUAAAUUAGAAAUAGUAUUUGACAUAUCAUCUCAUGAUAGCAAGAAUAACAAUGAAGCUUCUAAUUAGAUUUCCGAAAAUUCUUUUAUAAAUACUAAGAAAUAGAAAUCUUAAAGAGUGUCUAAAGGACCUAAUAAUGCAGGAGUCGAGUCACUUAUUUAUUCUUAGAGUAGUUGCAAUGUUGUGAAAGAUAGAAGAUUCGACAGUCAAAGAUUUUCAGAGCCUAAAUUUAGGGAGAGCAUUUAAAAGCGAGUUGAUUAGAAUAUUUUGAAACAUAGCGAAGAUAUAUUAGCUAAACAAAGUAACAAUGAGACAUUAACCAUUAACAGGUAGCUUUCUUAAGACGUUAACAGACUAAUAUAGCUUGAUUAAAGUCCAAAAUUUACAACUUACCGAAGACAAAAUACACUUCGAAAGGCCUGGCAAGUUCUAAUUUUGCUGAUAAAAAUUGUUAAAAAUUUUAAAUUGCAGGAAUAACUUGAGAGAAUCAGUCCAUUUGUUGGAGAUAAAUCGCAUCAAUAAUAGGAUUAAUAAAAUGGUUAAAAAUUAGAUAAGAAAAAGUCUUUUGUAUAAAAAGUCAAGGAAUAAAAAAUUUAAUUGAUUUAAAAUAAUAGAUAAAUUAUUAACUAGUAUUAAAAAUAGCAAAAGUAAUUAAUCCCAUAAAUAUAGUAAACUUUUCCUUAAUUCUGCCUUGCUUCUUUUAUUUAUGAUUUUGUUUCUAUAGUUAUUGCUUUCUUGUCUUUGGUAUACUAUAGUGCACUGCUUAUUAUACAGCCAUCUCUUUCAAGCAAAAAUAUAUUCUUUAGAUAGAUUUUUUCUGGAUUUUUUAUUGCUUUCUACAUAACAGAUAUAAUCAAAGAGUUAAUGCCUAUAUCUUUAUCACACCACCAAAAUAGAUUCGCUUAAAUCCUUAUUAGUUUAAAAGCCUACACUAAAUUUUAGUUUUUUUUUGAUAUUAUUAGUUUUUUUAGUAUUAUUACAGUAGAAGUAAUAUAUCCUGAUAUUAUUACUAAUUAUUAUAUUGCUAUCAUAUUUGUAUUAGGUUUUUUGCUUUUUAAAUUCUUCACAAUAGUUAACAAAUGGUUAAAGAUAUAAAGUUAUUUUUUAUACUCUCAAAGGUUAAGCUCAAGCUUAAUGAUAGUAAAACUCCUAUCAUAAUUUUUAAUCUUACUUCACUCCUUUACAAUAGCAUAUUUUAUUGUGGGGUUUUACUUUAAAGAUAGCCAAAAUAAUUCAUGGCUAAACUAAUCUAGAUAAGAUGAUGAGUAGAAUUUAUUGAUUAUUUAUGCAUAUUCUUUUUAAUCUUGCUAUCUUCAGCUGUUUCACCAAAUAAUUUAUUUACCACAAACAUAAUACGAGAUUUACUUCUUUUUUAUGCUGCAAUUUAUUUUUUGCAUUUACUUCAUCUACCUUAUUGAUUAAAUUUUUUAUAACAGAAAAUUCAGUAACGAAUACUAUUAAGAGUUUACUACUAUCAGUAAAUAUAUAGGAGAAAAGAAUAUGGGCUUAUAGCAAAAAAUAGAGUUAUUCAAUCUCAUUAAAGUUAAAAAAGAAAAGGAUUAAUAUGAAAAGAGUAUCUAAAUUUACAAGUAGUAUUCAUAAAAUAUUUCUAAACAUCUUUAAAAAUAUUUUCGUAUGGUUUAUUUUGAGCAGCUUGUCAAGCAAGAUAUUCUUUAUCCCCUUUUUUCCAAGCAUAUUUUAAAGAAAUCUUGUAAAAUUGUAGAGGAGGUUUUUAAAAAUGAUAAGGAAGUAAUUUAUGAUGAAUAUAACGAUGAAGAAAUUAGCCUAUUUAUUAUUAUUGAAGGUGAAGUUUCAAUUUAUUUGUAGCAUGAAAAUCCUUCUGAGUUAUUGUUAGAGUCUCAAAAUUUUCCAAAGCUUAAAAAGUUUUCAUUAAUAGGAUAUUCUUCUUUUUUCUCUGGCAUGAGGAAAAGGUACAUCUACAAAGCUCAUGAGAAAGUGAGACUAUUGAGAAUUCCAAGAGAUGCAUUUAUAAAAAUUUUAUAGAAAUCUUCUGAAGCAGAUUACUAAAAAUUUUGUGAAUUAAAAGACAGAAUAUUGUUUGAAGAUAAUACGGACUGGUAAUAAAAAACAAGUUCAAUUCACUUUAGAGAAAAUUUAAGCUAGCUAUGCUUAGUAUGUCAAUCAUCUACUCAUGAUAUUUCUGAAUGUAAUAAAUGCCACUUCAUUAUGGACAAACUAUUCUUGUUUUCACAAGAAAAAGAAAAGCAAGUAGCAAGAGUUAUCUUUUAAAGAAAAGUUUAUAAAAACACAAAUUAGCUUAAAUUAUUCAAUAAAAUGUAAAUUGUUUAACAGAAAUUCUUAAGUAGUAACAAAUCCCUUUUAAAUUUCUACUAUUCUUCAUAUUUGCAAAAUAAGAAUUUAAACAAUCAAACAUAUUUGACAUCAUUUAAGAAUAUAACAACAAAUAAUAACAUAAGCGCAAAUAUUAACUAAGCAGCAAAUUCAUAAUCCUCUUUUGUUAUGUCUGAUAAUUAGAUUCAAUUAAAUUAGAGUAAAUUUGCUAAUGGUAUGAUAACCUCAGAUACCAACAAAAAUGCAAGCAAUAGAUUACUGCAAUAGAAUAAUGCAUCACCAAGUAUAUCAGUUGUUGCCAAAGACAGAUCGUUCUCUAUCCAAUCGCUUAAAAAUGUUUAAAUGCCUGAAUCUAAUAAAUCACCUGUGCCAGAAAGUUAAUUUAAAUCGAACAGCUCCAAUCAGCAUUUAAGACAAUAGGCACAACCUAUUUAGACAGUAAUUUAAGAAGAAUCUAUGAGAAGUAUUUAAAGCUAAAAACGAAGUACAAUAGCUUAGCUCUAUCCAGAAAAAAUACAGUCAGAUUUAAAUCAUGGAAUUCAUGUUAACAAUAACUAAAAUAUUUCCAGCUCCCACUAUAAAACAAAGAUUAUGAAAAAAUUUGAUGAUAUAAAUGAUGAAAUUUUUAGAGGAGAAAGUCCUAUUUCUUCUCUUUAUAAUGUGUCGAGAAUAUCAAACACAUUGACGCCAACCUCAAAAUAAAAUAUAUUUGGAUAAGAAUAAAAAUAAAAUUUUAUUCCAUCCAAGAAUGAUAUCAUUGUGUUGCAAGUAGAAGAAAACAUAGCGCCAAAUGUUUAUGAGUUUAACCUUAAUGCUGCAUAAUAAGGACACCCUAAUAAAUCUCAUGAAUAUAAUUUAAUAAAGUCUUAAGAUCCAUACAAUGAUGGAAAUAUUGGUCCUUAACCAACAGCUUAAAAUCCCAGCCAAAAGUAAAUAUAUGUUUCUAAUCUCCAAAAUAUAUAAGAAAAAAACGAAAGCAUAAUGGAUGAUAGCUUAGGUAAUUCUAAUAAUUAUUUGGAAUCAUCUAUUUUCCAUUAGUAAAGGCAAAUAAUCUCUCUAGAUUUGGAUCAAAUGUUCAUUACCAAAAAUUAUUUUAAAGAUUACAAUUUAGAUAUUAUACUGAAUUACAUUAGAGACUCUAAGCCUCUAAAGGAGAUUAAUGGGACCUUAACAACAACUAACCAGUUUGCAUCAAUCAAAAAUAAAAAAUAUUCAUUGCAAUUAAACAAAAAAAGUGUUUAUAAAAGUUGA